ACUUUUCACAGUGUUUGCAUAUCCAUGCCGCACACAUUUGAAGCUUGCGAUUCUUUUUUUCUGGCUGUGGUUAUCGGACCUCUGUGGCCCAGAGAGUUCCACCCUGUAGAUUUAAAUUUUCAUGCUGUACUCUCAGAGGUGCUUGCCCAUUUAGUGCCUCUGCACCUUCUUCUGAAUGCUGGAUUAUUCCUUGCCAAGUUUAUUUCUUGUUUAUAUAAAAUAUAUUAAGACUGAUACAGGUUCUCUGAAGAAAGCAGGUCUCUUUUCAGUAUGGCGUUACCAAACAUUUAUACCGAUGUGAAUUUCAAAAAUCAACCUUUUUCCUCAGGCAUCACCUCAGACUCGUCUUCAUGUACCAUCUCAGACUCGUCUUCAUGUACCAUCUCAAACUCAUCUUCAGCUCUCCCAAAGAAGACCACCAUUCACAAAAGUAACCCUGGCUUUCCCACGCUGCUUCUUGCCUUGUGGAUAUUUUUCCUGCUGUUGGCAAUAUCAUUCUCUGUUGCUCUGAUCAUUUUGUUUCAAAUGUAUUCUAAUCUCCUUGAAGAAAAAAAUACUCUAGAACAACUGAAUCACGCAAAAUUGCAUUGUGUAAAAAACCACUCGUCUGUGGAAGCUCCUUCUUCCAAUGAAGACAAAGUCUGGAGCUGUUGUCCAAAGAAUUGGAAGCCAUUUGGUUCCCAGUGCUACUUCACUUCCCGAGACUCUGCAUCCUGGAGUAAGAGUGAGGAGAAGUGCUCCCUCAGAGGUGCUCAUCUGUUGGUGAUCCACAGCCAGGAAGAGCAGGAUUUCAUCACCAAUUCUCUGAACCCUCGUGCUACUUAUUAUGUGGGGCUGUCAGAUCCAGAGGGCCAUGGACAAUGGCAGUGGGUUGAUCAGACACCAUACAAUCCAAAUGCCACAUCCUGGCACUCAGAUGAACCCAGUGGCAGCACAGAAUUGUGUGUUGUGCUAAGUUAUCAUCCAAAUGUUAAAGGAUGGGGCUGGAGUGUCGCCCCCUGUGACGGUGAUCAUAGAUUGGUUUGUGAGAUGAGGCAGCUCUACUUAUGAAGAAUUCUCUCCAAACACAUGAUGUGAUUGGAGUGGAAGUUGUGAUUAUAGAGACAGCUAGGAAGUUCUUCAUUUGGUUCUCUUAGGGAUCAAACAGGGACUUGGAAUUGUAUCAGCAAGCUAGGUUCUUAGAUUCCUCUCCUCCUCUUCUCCCCUCCCUCCCUCCCCCACUUGAUCUGUCUUUCUGACUGUCUCUCUGCCUGUCUCUCUGUCUCUCUCUGUCUCUGUCUCUCUC